AUGGCAGACAACAAGACUAAGCGGCUUCACCUGGCGGCCUUCAUCUACUCCGGCCAGGUCUCGCAGAUAUGGCGACACCCUGAGAUACAUGCUCAUGAGAGCCUUGACGUCGAUUAUUAUAUAGAAUAUGCCCAAGUGGCUGAGAAGGCCAAAUUCGAUACCCUCUUUCUGGCGGACGGCGCUUCAUUCCCCAACGGGCCCCUUGCGAAGCACUAUUGGAGUGUGAGCGGCUUCGAACCCGCCACCUUGUUCUCUGCCAUCGCGGCACGGACAGAGCGCAUCGGCCUCGUAUACACGGCAAGCGUGAGCGACAACGAGCCUACCCACGUUGCUCGCCAACUAGCCAGCCUUGACCACAUCAGUCAUGGCCGCGCGGGAUGGAACGUCGUCACCACCCUAGGGCCCGGAUCGAAAAACCUCGGUGUGCCGCUCGAGGAGAGCUACGACAGUGUUGCCAAGUACGGCAGGGCGAGGUCUUUUCUACAUGCGGUAGAGACUCUCUGGGACAGUUUCGAAGACGACGCCCUGAUAAGAGACAAGAAAAGCGGAAUAUUUGUCGACCUCGACAAGGUUCACGCACCAGACAUCGAUGAUGGGCUGUAUCGCGUGGAUCAACCGCUCCGCGUCGAACGCCCCGUUCAGGGAUAUCCCGUCAUUGCACAAGCCGGCACGUCUCCCGAGGGGAUUGCAUUCGGCGGAUCGUCAGCAGACUUGAUCUACUGUGCCAACUACUCGAUCCAGGAUGGGCAGGAGACUCUUCGUGCCCUCAAGUCGGCCGCAGUCGAGGCAGGACGAAAUCCCGAUCAUCUCAUCAUCCUGACGGGCGUGGCUGUCGUCUGGGGCGAGACGGAAGAGGAGGCUGAGCGGAAACUGCGCGAGGUAUCUUCUCUAUGGCCUAUCGAGGUGGCUGUCCAGAAUCUCGGUAUCAACUUUGGGGAUGCCGACCUAGAUUCGCCCUUUCCCGACGAGUAUAGUGUCGGCUCCAAGUCCAAACCUGGCCUGGGUUCCACAGGGCGAGCUGCUGCGAUAGCUUCAUUUGCUCGCUCCAACUCUUUGACUAUACGACAGACGGCAGAGCGUUGCUCCAUAGGCCUGGGCCACAGACCCCUCAUCGGAACGACGCAGUCUAUCGCAGAUGAUCUGCAGGCAUGGCUCGAGGCUGGGGCCACGGAUGGCUUUGCCGUGAUCCAGCCACUGCUGAUCGAUGGUCUACGUGAUUUCAGCACGCACGUCAUCCCCGAACUUGUACGUCGCGGUUUGUUCCGAUCUGAAUACGAAGGAACGUCUCUGAGGGAAAACCUUGGCAUUCCGCGGCCCGUCAAUCGCUACUUGGCAAAGUCAUAA